GAGACCACGCAACACUCUGCCCCCUGCCCGAAAGCGGAGGCCAGUUCUUAAGCGUCAGCUUAUAUAUAUAUAUAUAUAGGUUGGACAAACAAGUUUACGGCUUUUGCGGCAUCUUUGGCCUGUGUAACGACCUGUUAAGCCAAACCGCAGGGAACUCCAACCGGCGAGCAUAUGCCGGCUUCUGUUCCCUCUUACAGAUCUCAAUUCCAUCUUUGCUAUCAGUCUCGGUCGCAUCUUCAUAGGCUAGAGAACUAGGCUUUUUAGUCGACAUGGGUGGAAGGGGCUCGAAGGAAACUGGGCAUUUUGAGCAAGAGGAUUCUGCUGGUCAAAAUGGGGACGCUGUGUCGAAGUAUGGUGGAGUCGGGCCCGUGGGCAACACUUCCACGGGUCAGCUGUCGGACAAAGCUGCUGGAAUACCUCACAAUGAGUCCGUUGCCAGUCGGCUUAACCGUGGAUUAAAGGUUUCAAGCGUCGUAUCUUUCGCUCAGCUGGAAGAACUGUCGAAGCCUUUGAGCACAGCUCGUGCCGCACUCAACAGCGUGCACAGCCGGAUGGACUUGCUCAAGGAGUUUCACCUCCGUGAGAUGGCUGCGGCCUCCCUUAAACGCGAGAAGGCCCUCGACUGGCUGCCGGAGUACAGGCCGGUGUCGGUUGUGCCACCCUCACGCGGAGCGCUGACCCACUUGGAGAGGGUCACCCGUGUCAGCCAGGCGUGCAUCUUGAAUGAUGUGCCGGUGGGCCGCAAGACCAAGAUAGUGUGCACGCUGGGUCCCUCCUGCUGGUCCGAGGAGGGUCUGGCCCAGCUGCUGGACGCGGGCAUGGACGUGGCGCGAUUCAACUUCAGCCACGGCACGCACGCAGCACACCAGGAGGUGCUGGACAGGCUGAGGAAGGUGGCCGAGGCAAAGGACAGUCACGUGGCGUUUCUGCUAGACACCAAGGGACCCGAGAUCCGCACUGCCAUGCUGCGUGGGGGCCAGGAGAUUGAGCUGGUAGCCGGGCAGGAUGUGACGGUGGUGGCGGUGGGUGACGCGUACGACAAGUGGGAGGGCUACAAGGAGGCCACGGGUGAGACCAGGAUCGGCAUCAGUUACGCCAAGCUGUGCCAAAGCAUCAAGCCUGGCGGCAUCAUCCUGCUGGCGGACGGUGCGAUCAGCAUUGAGGUGGUGAGCAUCCUGAGUGAGACGGAGCUGCUGGGACGGGUCAUCAACUCCCACAAGCUAGGCCAGCGGAAGAACUGCAACUUGCCAGGUGUCCACGUGGAUCUGCCGGUGCUCAGUCCCAAGGACAUCGACGACGUCCAGAACUUCUGCGUGAAGAACAACAUGGAUUUCGUGGCUGCGUCUUUCGUGCAGAGCGCCGACGAUGUGCGCAUGAUUCGCCGUGUCUUGGAUGAGGCGGCUGGCUACCAGGUCAAGAUCAUUGCAAAGAUUGAGAACGAGGCUGGCUUGCGCAACAUUGACGGCAUCCUGGCGGAGGCUGAUGGCGUCAUGGUGGCGCGUGGAGACCUGGCCAUGGAGGUGCCUGCGGAGAAGAUUGCGCUCGCUCAGAAGAUGAUCAUCGCCAAGGCGAAUGUGCUUGGGAAGAUUGUCAUCACCGCCACGCAGAUGCUGGAGUCCAUGACCGCCUCGCCGCUGCCCACCCGCGCCGAGAUGACGGACGUGGCGAAUGCGGUGUUUGACGGCACCGACGCGGUCAUGCUCAGCGGGGAGACCGCAAACGGCGCCUACCCGCACGUGGCCGUGCGCACCAUGGCCCAUAUCGUGGAAUGCGCUGAGCUGGGUGUGGACCACGCAUUCCACCACGACUGGCUCAAGCGCAACAACUCGGGCGUGGCCCCUGUGAGCCCGCUUGAGGCCACCCUCGCGUGCCUGGCAAAGUCUGCCAUUACGUUCUCCAUGGACUCCAACGGCGAUGGCGUCCUGGAUGCCUCCGAAGGCUGUAUUGCGGUGGUGUUCACCCGCAGCGGUCGCGCCAGCCAGCUCAUUUCCAAGUACCGGCCGCCCUGCCCCGUCAUCACCAUCUCGGACCACGACUGGGUUUUGCGCCACGCCUCGCUUGCGUACGGCCUAUACCCCAUGCGGGUGGAUGUGUCGGGCCCAGGUGGCGUGCGCAAGGCUGUCGAGAAGGCCAUCGAGUACGGCAGGCGGCGGGGUAUUGUGUUUGACGGCAAGAGCAUCCUGGUUGCUGCGGGCAGCGGAGAGCCCUGGGCGGACAACGUGGCGGAGAUCAGCGUUGACCAGCUGGGGUCGGCCGGCUCGCUGUGCCGCGCCGUCAGCUGCAGCAUGACCUACACGGCACCCAUUGAGUACAAGUCGCCAUUCGUCGGCAACUCAGUUGCUUGCGUGCAGUCCCUGCACAUCACGCCGCAGCUCAUCAUCGACCGGGUCUUCAACUUCCGCAGCACCAAGAUCUUCGCCACGCUGGGCCCCAGCAGCUUCGACGCCGCCAAGCUGGACGCCAUGCUGGACCUGGGGGUCAGCGUGGUGCGCUUCUUCAUCCACGACGAGCCGCUGGCAUUUUACCAAGGCCUCCUGGAGCGUGUUCGCGCGCAGCUGGGCCGCCGCGCGGAUCCUUCCCUCGGCCCCGUUUACACCACCAUGCCAGGCCUUAUGGCUACUAUUAAGGGCCCGGAGGUGCGCACCACGCAGCUCCGCAACCACGUGCCAUUGAAGAUGAAGGCGGGCGAGCUGAUCACGCUGCUGCCCACCGCCGACCCGCUCUUUAUGGGCUACUCUACGGGCGAUACCCACGUGGUUGGCGUGCACUUCCCUGGCCUUACACGCAAGCUGCGUGCUGGUGACAUGCUGCUGCUGUCCGAGGGCUGCAUCACCGCCAGAGUGGAACAGGUGCUGGAGCCCUACCACUCCGCCUUCAGCAACCUCAGCACCUACAGCAGCGACAGCGGCGCGGCAGAGGCUUCCGCCAGCGGGGGCCAGGACGACACGGAUUACCCGUACGGCACGAUCAUCUGCCGCGUUGUGGACGGCGGGCGGCUGGGCGAGGACCGAGUGCUGGACAUCGUGGGAGGGCACCUGCUGCAUGAUAAGUUCCUGGAUGAUCGGGACAAAGAGGCGCUUAUGUUCUGCUGCAGGAGCGGUGUGGACUUCGUGAGCGUGCCCCACGUGCGCGACAAGGCAGACAUCACGGCGGUGCGGGAGGUGCUGGACGCCAACGGCGGCGCGCGCAUCAAGAUCGUGGCCCACGUGUCCACCGCCAGUGCCAUCAUGAACUACAACGACAUCUUGGAUGCCUCUGAUGCGGUGCUGGUCUCCCGCGCCGCCCUGGGCAUGCGGAUCCCUGCAGCCAAGGUCGCUCUGGCCCAGAAGUGGAUGAUUGCAAAGGCCAACCUCAAGGGCCGCCCCAUCAUCGUGUCAGCGCAAAUGAUGUCCAGCAUGGUGGACAGCCCCCGCCCAACACGCGCUGAGAUCACUGACGUGGCCAACGCGCUGUACGAUGGAGCUGACGCCAUAUUCCUGCGCGAGGAGACAGCCAACGGUUCCUUCGUGGAGAGGACGGUGGCCAUCGCUGCUGACAUCCUGAAGGACGCAGGUGUGGGUGUGGACACGUAUGCGCAGCUGAACUACCUGCGGAACUACACGCCAAAGCCCAUGGCUACCCUUGAGUGCCUCUGCUCGUCUGCCGUCAAGGCUGCGGUCGACAUGAAGGCGGCUCUGAUUGCUGUCGUCACAAACACCAGCGCGCCCGUGCGCGCCAUUGCCAAGUAUCGCCCCUCGCAGGCCGUGAUAGUAGUAACCACCAAGCCCCAUGUGGCCAAGCAAUGCAACCUCAACUAUGGCUGCGUGCCGCUGCUGCUGCGCGGCUGGAAGGAGUCCGACGAGGAGGCCGUGGUGCAGCAGGUGAUCGAGUUCGCCCGCAGGCAGCGCCUGGCGGCCUUCGAGGACGGCGACGCUGAGGGCGACCAGCUGAUCGUGGUGCAGGGGCCCAGCAACCGCAUGUUCGCGACGGAGGAGGACCUGGCGGAGAUGCAGUUCGUGACGCGCGUGAUUGGGGAGGAGUCGGCAGCAGUGCUUCCGCACAGCGGCUACAACGGCGCUGACACCAUUGCGUACCGCUCAACCAAGGUGGGUCUGGACCUCAUCUGCGGCCCCACCGACACGCGCACGCGCAAGACCAAGGUGGUCUGCACGCUGGGACCCAAGUGCUGGAGCGAGGAGGGACUCGAGAUGCUGGUGGACAAUGGCCUCAAUGUAGCCAGGUUCAACUUCAGCCACGGCGCUCACACCGACCACCAGGCCGUUCUAGACAGGCUGCGCAAGGUGCUGGAGGCCAAGGGAGCGGAGCACCGUGUGGCCCUGCUGCUCGAUACCAAGGGCCCCGAGAUUCGCACCGCCAUGCUGCGCGACGGCAAGGACAUCGAGCUAGUGGCUGGGCAGGAGGUGGUCGUGGUGGCGGUGGGCGAGGCGUACAUCAAGUGGGAGGGCUACAAGGACGAGGCGACCGGGGAGACCAAGAUCGGCCUCAGCUACUCCAAGCUCUGCCGUGAUGUCAAGCCCGGCGGCAUGAUCAAGAUCGGUGAUGGCCUCAUCACGCUUGAGGUGCUGGAGAUUCUGUCCGACACCGAGCUGCGCGCGCGGGCGCUGAACACCAAGAAGCUGGGUCAGCGCAAGAACGUCAACCUGCCAGGCGUCCAUGUGGACCUGCCGGUGCUGGGGCCCAAGGACAUUGAGGACGUGCAGCAGUUCGCGGCGCGUAACAAGAUGGACUUCGUUGCCGCGUCCUUUGUCCAGAGCGCGGACGACGUUAGAUUUAUCCGCAAGGUGCUGGACGAGGCUGGCGGCCAGGGUGUGCGUAUCAUACCCAAGAUCGAGUCCACCGCCGGCCUGCUCAACUACGAUGACAUCCUGCGUGAGAGCGACGGCAUCAUGGUGGCCCGCGGCGACCUCGCCAUGGAGAUCCCCUCCGAGAAGGUGGCCCUGGCGCAGAAGAUGAUGAUCACCAAGGCCAACAUCGCGGGCAAGUUCAUCAUCACCGCCACGCAGAUGCUGGAGUCCAUGACCGCCUCGCCGCUGCCCACCCGCGCCGAGAUGACGGACGUGGCGAAUGCAGUGUUUGACGGCACCGAUGCGGUCAUGCUCAGCGGUGAGACAGCUAAUGGCGCGUUCCCGCAGCUGGCACUGUCGACCAUGGCGGCGAUCGUGGCCAACGCGGAGGUCGGAAUCAACUAUCCGCAGGUGUACGACUACAUCCGCGACUUCUCCUCGCGCCCGAUGAGUACCGCGGAGGCUGUGCUGGGCUGUGCCGCCAAGAACGUGCUAGAUGUGGACGCCGCGCUCAUAGUCGUCUUCAGCUCAACGGGUGAGAGUGCCAGGCUGGUGGCUAAGUACCGGCCUCGCGUGCCCGUGCUGCUGGUGACGGACUCCAUGGCCGCGGCCCGUGCUUGCGCGCCAAUCUUUGGCGUGUACGUGAGCAUCGCCGAGGAACUGCCGUCGUCACGCUUCGAUGUCGAGUUUGAGCUGCUGCUUGAGGAGGCGACGCUGUUUGCCAUGGAGGCGGGGCUGUGUCCCCCGGGCAAGGAGGUGGUGGUGGUGCACGGCUGCAACAAGGCGGACGCGGAGGACGGCUUGCCCAUGGUGGCCAUCCAGGUUGCCGCUGGCGGGGUGACCUUCACGCCACAAGCCUCGGACCAGGUGCCGCCGGCCGCAGAGCUGCGCGGCACCGGCUCCCUAAUGGAGCGCGCCAGCGUUGCCGGCAUGGAGCUAGACACCCCUCGCCUGCACCGGUUUGCGAAGGGCGCCAACGCAAUGGCCACCGCAACCGCCACCGUCAGCCAGGGACCCAACCGCAACCUUUCCAAGACUAUCCCCUCGCUAGAGAUCUCCUCUCCCCGUCUGGGCUCCACCUCUGCCCAAUCACCCAGCCGUCUGGGCGUGGGCAGGCGUUCAUUGCUGCGCACCCCUGACGGGACCUCGCCCCAGGGCUCUGGCACCGCAGCAGGAUCCAUGCCGAAUCCCUUUGCCGCGGCUGCUUUGACGCGCUUCCCAAGCAUUGGCAUUUCGCCUGGGCGCCCCUCGGGCGCUGCCAUGGCGGUGGCCGCCAAGACGCUGAGUCUGCGUACCACUGCAAUCUCGCUGUCGGACAUCAUGGACCACAGCCUGCCAGCCGGCCGCAAGACCAAGAUCGUGUGCACGCUGGGUCCCUCCUGCUGGUCCGAGGAGGGUCUGGCGCAGCUGCUGGACGCGGGCAUGGACGUGGCGCGAUUCAACUUCAGCCACGGCACGCACGCAGCGCACCAGGAGGUGCUGGACAGGCUGAGGAAGGUGGAGGCGGGCAGCGGCAGGCACAGGCGGAUUGCAUACCUCCUGGACACAAAGGGACCCGAGAUUCGCACCGCCAUGCUACGGGGUGGCAAGGACAUCGAGCUGGUGGCUGGGCAGGAGGUCACGGUGGUGGCUGUAGGGGACGCCUAUGACAAGUGGGAGGGCUACAAGAACGAGGCCACGGGCGAGACCAGGAUCGGUAUCAGCUACGCCAAGCUGUGCCAGAGCGUCUGCGUGGGCAGCCGCAUCCUGGUGGCGGACGGCUCGCUGACCAUCGAGGUGCUGUCCAUCCUGAGUGAGACGGAGCUGCUGGGCCGCUGCCUCAACGACAAGACGCUAGGCCAGCGCAAGAACGUCAACCUGCCGGGUGUCCACGUGGACAUCCCCGUGCUGACGCCCAAGGACAUCGAGGACGUGCAGAAGUUCUGCUGCCGCAACCGAAUGGACUUCGUGGCGGCAUCCUUCGUGCAGAGCGCCGACGAUGUGCGUUUUAUUCGCCGUGUUCUGGACGAUGCGGGUGGUGUGAGCGUCAAGAUCAUUUCCAAAAUCGAGAACGAGGCUGGUUUGACGCACUACGACGAUAUCCUGCGUGAGAGCGACGGCAUCAUGGUGGCCCGCGGCGACCUCGCCAUGGAGAUCCCCUCCGAGAAGGUGGCCCUGGCGCAGAAGAUGAUGAUCACCAAGGCCAACAUCGCGGGCAAGUUCAUUAUCACCGCCACGCAGAUGCUGGAGUCCAUGACCGCCUCGCCGCUGCCCACGCGCGCCGAGAUGACGGACGUGGCAAAUGCAGUGUUUGACGGCACCGAUGCGGUCAUGCUCAGCGGGGAAACGGCAAACGGGAAGUUUCCUCAUGCUGCGGUGCGCACCAUGGCCGCGAUCGUGGCCAACGCCGAGAACGGCAGUGCCUACGUGUCCACGCAGGCGUUCUUGCGGGACCACACGCCCAAGCCCUUCGGCAUCACGGAGGCGACGGGUGUGUCCAGUGUGGCGGCGGCGGUGGACUGCAACGCGCAGCUGCAUGUCACCUUCUCCUCCACCGGCUACGCCAGCCGCAUGGUCUCGAAGUACCGCCCCGCGGUGCCUCAGAUUGUGGUGACUGAUUCGGCGGUGGUUGCCCGGCAAGCGGCGGUGGUGUUUGGGCAGUACGCGCUGCUGGUGGAGUCCCUGCGCGGCAUCUUGAGCAGCGGCGGCAGCAUGGCCGGCAGCAUGGCGGCAGACGUGGAUGCGCUUCUGGUGCGGGCAGCCACGUUUGCGCGGGAGCAGGGGCUGUGGGACGGCUCCGGCACUGCCAUUCUCCUUCAUGGCCGUGACACGCUGAGCGCCGACCGGCAGCCCGUCCUGCGCGCAGUGGACCUGGCGUACCAGCUGGGGCAGAGCGGCUGCCAGCUGGUGUCCAGCGGCACGCAGGGCUCCCCGAACUCGCGGUCGUCCUUUAGCCGCUCCUUCAGCCGCGCGGUGUAGGGCAUCAGCUGGGAAUUAGGCCGGGUUGAGCUGUGACGCUUUGUAUGUUAAGCAAGUGAUGCGGCCUGCGGUAAGGUUGCGCGGCAGCUGGGUUCUUGCUUUUGUGGUGAGGGGCCUAAAAGCGUUGUAUUGCGAGCUGCGUGCACAUAAGAGCGAAGGUUGCUUAACUAUGGCGGCUUUCCAAUACGUGUUUGUGGCCGAUGCGGGUGAUCAGGGUUCUUGGCCUAAGGUAAGGAGGGUCGUUGUAACAGCAAUGGGUUGGUCGUCUGGUAUUAUCAUGGCUGCAUGUGAUAUGUGAUAAAGUGAGGCAUGCGGUGUGUAGAGGUAUUAUUUCCCUCCCGCCGCCGGUUUGAUGGCGUCCAUACUCUGGGUGGAGGCGUGGAGAGCCCCAUAGAGGUGUUAUGGUUGCAAUAAAGGUAUUCUUUAGGCCUUCAGCUCUCUGCCAGGACCCGUGGGUCCGAGCUAGGCAAAAAAACACUUCCAUGUUCCCUUUGUUUCCCUGUUUGGAGUAGCGUUGCCCGCUUGCACUCUCUAUGAUCGGGGUAGUUUUCCUUGAAUACCGGACGGAGGUGGGUGAUGGCCUUCGUACAGUGGACGAUGCGUGUGCGACUUGUAAUAUGUCACUAGCCUGUUGUUUUAGCCGCGCCCGUUGGUGGCGUUUGGGUGUUCGUUAAGGCCUGUUUCGUGGCUAAUAUGUAUUGUCGAACGGUUUGCGUCUUGCGAGUGCGGGCACUGCCUCCUGCACAUAAGAUAUUUGUUUGUCGCCGAAAUGCCACGAUCAUAAUGGCACUCUCAUAGCAUGCAUACGUGUUAUUCUUUAGUACAGGUGCUGACCAUGUGUGCGAUGCCUGUGGAAGAGUACAUUUGGUGUCAUGAACGCUGUCAUUGUGGAUGGAGCCAGGAUCAUUCGUUACAAAGGACGAGGUCAUAAUGGGAAUUAUGCAGAGCCGGGCAGAUGUAUACAACCCGCACCACUCCGAACAGCCGUAGUAGUACAUGCAGUCAAGGGAAGUCAAGGAUGCCGAAGCAUGAGGCUGCGUGCGCAAAACCGUACCAUCGCUGUCUGGUCUUCAUACGCAAUGUUGCCGACACCUGGAAAAUUCCCACCAGAGUUGGAGCACACCUCGGUAAUGUAAAUCCCUCACGAACAA